UGUGGAGGUUUUCUUUCCCGCCAUAUUGUUAUAACGUAAACAAGCAGAACUCAGAAAUAGAGGACCGGUGAAGUUUUAUUCUAUUGUUAUUAUAUUUUGUCAAAUCUAAAUCUUCACGGAAUGGCGGAACGCGUCGAAGACCUGAACCUCCCGAACAGUGUCGUGACGAGGAUAAUCAAGGACUGCGUUCCGGCCGGGGUGAACGUCUCGAAGGAGGCGAGGACGGCGAUAGCCCGGGCGGCCUCCGUCUUCGUCCUCUACCUCACGUCCGCGUCCAACAACGUCUCAAUGCAGUCGAACCGGAAGACGAUCUCGGCCAACGACGUGUUCAAAGCCCUGGAAGAAACCGAGUUCGACAUGUUCAUCCAGCCACUGAAAGACUCUCUGGAAGCAUUCAAAAAGUCCCAGCUUGAAAAGAAGCUUAGGGCGAAGAAAUCAGACACCGAACCAGCCAAGACAAACGGCGAGGAGGUUAGCAAUGAAGUUGCCGAGGAAGAGGACAAUGAAGAAGAAGCUUCAGAUGACGAAGAACCGGACGAAAAUGAAUGAUAAACUUAUAACAACAAAAUGUACAUAAAUUCUUUUAAAUAAUAUUGUUACAACUUUGUAGUAUUUUUAA